AUGGGGGUGCCGCUAGCUAAUCAUGGUGAACAAUCCAAUCAAGCAAUGAGUUCACCAAGGCACCGCCGGGAAGAAACUCUGGUAAGGACACAUACCACACCGCGUCAUAUAGAGGGGCAAUCGUCAAGCCGUACUGUGAUUACAAGAACCCAUCAGCAGAGGAGUUCCCAGGUUAAAGGGCAGGUACCGCGCACUGUGGUACAAUUAAGAGCAUCACCAUUUGCGCAAAGCAUCUUGGAUCAGCCGAUGGAAAAGAUCAAGAUGCCGACAUGUAGGUAUGACGGAAGAGGAGACCCGAGUAGAUUCAUAACGUCAUACGAGGGGCAUAUAAUGCUUUACACAAAUUCAGAUGUUGUGUGGUGCAAGGUCUUUCCGACUACAUUAAUUGGAGUUGCAGCCGAUUGGUUCAACAAUGUGGAAAAUGGGAUGAUAGAUAGUUUCGAAAAGUUAACCGAGAUGUUUAUAGGGCAGUAUGUUAUCAACAGCGUGCGGCAGAGAACAUCAGGGGAAUUGAUGGCAGUAGAGCAAAGGGAAGAUGAUUCUUUGAGGGAUUACAUCAGGCGGUUCAACAAUGAGGAAAACACAAUUCCAAAGUUGCAGCAAGAGAUAGCUGUAAUGGCUCUCAUGAACGGCCUGAAUGAUUCUGAGUUCAAGCGUUAUCUUACACGAAAGAACUUCUCGAUGCUGGCAGCUGCAUUUAACAAGGCCCAUGAUUAUAUCAAGAGUGAAGAAUUGAUGAAAACAAGUAGUAAGAGUGUAGCUGCUGGUAAGGGUCAGCAUCAGUAUGAAGGGUCGGCAUCUGGAAGUGGAAGGCCGAGAGCUCCGAUCCCAGGAAGGGGAGGGGGAAAUCGACAGGAGUUCAGAGUUGCAAAACCUCCAAUGCGAUAUAGUUCAUACACGCCCUUGAAUACACCAAGAGCAGCGAUUUAUUUAGUUAAUCAAAAUAGAGAGGAAUGGACAAGGCCGAUUCCGAUGAAGGCAAGACCAAGAGAUGCUAAGAAGUACUAUAUGUUUCAUAGAGAUGUGGGUCACUAUACCGAAGAGUGCACGCAAUUGAAAGACAACAUUGAAGAGUUGAUAAGGAAAGGCCACUUGACUCAAUAUCGGUUAAGUGCAAGAGGAGCUCAACCACCUCAAAGGCAGAUAGAAAGGCACCAAUUGGAAGCAAGGCCUGAAAGGUUACAAGGAGGAGUGGUCCGACAGGGAAGUGACGGAAUGCCUCCCGUCUCAACUAGAAGGAGGGUAGAUGUGAUAACUGGAGGGCCGGUUCAUGGAGGAACAGUUAGCGGGGCCAAGAAGCAUCUGUCUGAGCAUCGUCACAUUAUCAAUGCCCUGGAUACCGACAACCGCCCUCGGCCAGCAUCAAUCCCAGAUCUUGUAUUUACAGAAGAAGACGCUAGGGGCAUUGUAUUUCCACAUGAUGACCCACUGGUAUCUUACCCAAUUAUUGGGUUUAAUGGGUCGACAGUGAGACCAGAAGGAAGCAUAGUCUUACCGGUACGGUUGGGUGAUGGGCCGAGUGCGAGAGAUGUGAUGGAGGAGUUUUUGGUGGUCAAUGUCCCGUCAGCUUAUAAUGCCAUUAUCGGCAGACCGAUAAUACAUGAUGUACAAGCAGUUGUAUCGACAUACCAUUUGACAAUAGCUUACGUAUCAAAUUUAGGAGUUGUUGAAAAGGUUCACGGAGGGCAGGUGAUGGCAAAAUCUUGCUAUGUAACAGCUUUGAAAAAUCCAUCUGGGGAGGAUGUGUGA